AUGAUGGAAGUCAAUAGGGAAGAUUACGAAGCCCUCAAAGAUGAUCUGUUCGAUGGAAGACUUCACUCUUCUACCAGUAAAAAGCAAUUCUUCAAAGAUGGACUGUUGAUUCCUUCAAUGAUAUUAGUUCUUUUGUUAUGGGGUACCAUCGUCCUAUUAAAAGUUGUACCUAUCUUAACUGCACAAGAAAUUCGUGACCAUGGUCGUCUUGGUAGUCAUAGAAACUUUUAUAAUCAGAAUGGUGGAAAGGCACUAAAUUCAAGACAUACAAAGGAUGGUUCAUUGAAGAUUUCUUUUGAAAAUGUUAGGAAUAAUACUUUCAAACCAAAACUACAAAGUUUGCAAUGGCUUCGUGUAUUAGAUUUCGAAACAAAUGACCGUGGGUUAUUUAUGACAGUUUCCAACGAUACAUAUAUGGUUAAAUCUGUUCAUGAUAAAGAAUAUUGCCAGAUACUUUAUCAGGGGAAAGAUAUUACUAUUCAUGGGACAGCUUAUAAGAUCGAUUCGUUGGUGGCAUCUCCUGAUUUGAAACGAUUGCUAAUUAGAACAAACUCUGUAGCAAAUUGGAGACAUUCCUAUUUUGGUACUUAUUAUAUUUAUGAAAUUGAAGAUUCAGAAUUUUACAAAAUUAGUGAUAACAUUGCUGUAGCUCAAUGGUCACCAAAUUCCAUUGAUAUUUCCUUUGUUCAAGAUAAUGACUUGUAUAUAUAUUCCACAGAAACUCAUUCUAUUUCCAAAAAAAUUACUAAAGAUGGUAGUGAAAAUAUAUUUAAUGGUAAACCUGAUUGGGUUUAUGAAGAAGAAGUCUUAGAAUCAGAUACUGCUCUAUGGUGGUCUCCAAAUGGUAAAUUUAUUGCCUUUUUCAAGACUCUUGAAGAUAAAGUUAAAGAAAUUGUUAUUCCAUAUUAUGUUCAAAAUGAAAUUAAUCAUACAAAUGGCAAUGAUUUAUAUCCAGAAAUGCGUUCUAUCAAAUAUCCAAAAGCUGGUACUUCGAACCCAGAAGUUGACGUUUGGGUUUAUAGUUUAGAAGAAGAUAGAAGCUAUCCAGUUAACAUUAAUAAGGAGCAUAGGUCAAACCCAUUAUUAAUUACAGAAUUAUUUUGGGUUAAUGAGAAUACAUUUGUUACAAAAGUUUCUGACAGAUCUUCUGAUGUUUUAACUGUUUUAACUGUUGACGCAAUUACUCAAGACGUCAAUACUGCAAGAAAUGAUCCAGCUGAAGAAAGUUGGUGGGAAAUUACACAUGAUACAAAAGUUGUUCCAAAGAAUCCUUCAAAGGGUAGAGAUACAGAUGGUUAUAUCGAUAUUAUUCCCGUUGAUGGCUAUAACCACCUUGUUUAUUAUAAGUCUUAUCAAGAUAGUGAACCUAUUAUAUUAACAACAGGUAAUUGGGAAGUCACUUCAGAUGCCAUUUCAUUUGAUCAAGAAAAUGAUAGACUUUAUUUCAUUGCUACUAAAAAAUCAUCUGUUGAAAGACAUUUGUAUUAUAUCCAUUUGAGUAAACCUGGUAAAGUUCAUGCGGUUACAGAUACAGAUAUGGAUGGAGUUUUCUCUGUAUCAUUUUCACCAGGUAACAGAUUUGUCUUAUUGACUUAUAGAGGCCCAGAUAUUCCAUAUCAAAAAAUUAUUGAUUUAAGAUCAAAACAAAAGGAUCAUCAUACUAGAGGUAACAUAAUUGGUGAAACCUUAUAUUAUUUGGAAAAAAAUGAUGAAUUAAGACAUAAUCUGUUGAGAUAUUCAGUUCCUGAAAAAUCGUUUGAUGAAUUAUAUUUAGGUAUGGAUGAUAAUGGGCAAGAUAUUAUUGUUAAUUCUUUUGAAAUUUUACCAAAUGAUUUUAACCCAGAAUUACGUAAUCAUUACCCAGUUUUCUUUUUCGCUUAUGGUGGUCCAAAUUCUCAACAAGUAAUUAAGACAUUUUCAGUAGGAUUCAAUGAAGUCAUCGCAUCUCAAUUAAAUGCAAUUGUCGUGUGUGUUGAUGGUAGAGGUACCGGUUUCAAGGGGAAGAAAUUCAGAUCUAUAGUACGUGAUAAUCUUGGGGAUUAUGAAGCUCGUGACCAGAUAUCUGCCGCUUCAAUUUACGGUGGCAAGUCUUACGUUAAUGCAGAAAAGAUUUCAUUAUUUGGCUGGUCAUAUGGUGGUUAUUUAACUUUGAAGACGCUUGAAAAAGACGCGGGAGAACAUUUCAAAUACGGUAUAUCAGUAGCCCCAGUGACUGAUUGGAGCUUAUAUGAUUCUAUUUAUACUGAACGUUAUAUGCAUACACCACAAGAAAAUAUCGAUGGUUAUGAUAACUCAAAUGUUGCAAAUGUAAAGAAUAUUGGUAAAUGUAAAAGAUUGCUAAUUAUGCAUGGCAGUGGUGAUGAUAAUGUUCAUGUUCAGAAUACAAUGAUUGUUUUAGAUAAAUUUAAUUCUAAUAACGUUGCUAAUUAUGAUAUGAUGAUUUUCCCUGAUUCUAGUCAUGCUAUCAAAUAUCAUAAUGCUAACAGAAUUGUUUAUGAUAAGAUGUUAGAUUGGACUAGACAGGCAUUUAAUGGUGAUUUCGAAACUUACAACUAG